UAUAGGAGAUUAAAAUGCGAGAUAAGCACGUGCAACGUAACUUUCCAACGCAAAGGCGACAUGCUCCGCCACGUACAUAGCGUGCACCGCCAAUCCACACCACACACCUGCUUCAUCUGCAAACGGCAAUUCCGCCGCAAAGACAAAGUCAGA